AUAAGCAUUUGGAAACCGGAAAUCCCAAAGAAUGUUGAAAACAACAUCGGCAAUCGUGGUUCUCUUCUCCGGCGUCUUUCUCGUCGGUGUAGUCGCCGGACGGGGACCCCACGUCAUCAAUUUCCGAUCGGAGAACCUUUUUCCCGAGUCCUUCGUGUGGGACCCAAGGUCGCAGCACUUUAUCGUUGGCUCUCUACGGUAUCCGAAGCUCGUCUCCGUCUCCGACGCCGGCGUAUCCGAAACUCUAAUCUCCGACGAAUCUCUUCCGGCGAAUUCGAAGAUCUUGGGCGUCGCUCUCGACCGGAGCCACUACCGCGUCCUCGCCGUCGUCCACCGCCCGCCUUCCGCUUCCUCGCCGGAGCCCUACAACGCUCUCGCGGCCUACGAUCUCAUCUCUCUCCGGCGGAUCUUCCUAACCCCUCUCCUCGACGACGAAGAAGAUGAUCAGAACCCUAACCCUAUCCAAUCAGUCGCAAACGACGUCGCAACGGAUUUCUCUGGAAACGCUUACGUCACCAAUUCGGGGAGAGAUCUAAUCUGGAAAGUCAAUUUCGACGGCGAGGCCUCCGUGCUCUCCAAAUCGAAGGCGUUCAAAUCACAUCCGGUGAACGGCGACCACAAAUUUGGCCUAAACGGCGUCGUUUACAACUCCAAGGGCUAUCUCCUCGCUGUCCAAUCCAACACCGGUAAGCUCUUCAAAGUCGACGCCGAAAACGGCGGCGCGAGAACCGUUAUCCUCAACAAGGACUUAACGGCGGUUGACGGGAUCGCCGUUAGGGGAGACGGCGUCGUUGUGGCUGUUAGUCGCCGGAAGCUGUAUUUCCUAAAAAGCCCCGACAGUUGGAUGGAGGGAGCGGUGUUUGACGAAACUGCCCUCGAAGAAGACCGGUUCGCUUCCGCAGUGACGGUGGGGAAUUUGGACAGGGUGUACGUGUUAUAUGGGCAUAUCCACGAGGGCAGUAUGGUAAAUGUGGACAGGGAUGAGUUUGGAAUAAUGGAAAUAGAGUCAGAAAAUGAAAAGAAAGAAGAUAAUGUUUGGAUCUUUGUUCUUAUUGGUUUGGGUUUAGCUUAUUUCAUGUUUUGGAGAUUCCAAAUGCGCCAUCUCGUGGAUAGCAUGAACAAGAAAAGACUUUAAUUUUUUCUUUUUUGGAUUUUGUAAUAUGUAUUAGAAAAGGUUUUGAUGUUUUUUUAACAAAAAAUAUUGUUUAUGUUUUAGUAUUUGAUUGCUCUGUUGUUACUUUCA